AUGACAGCUGCUAAUAAUGCAUGUUUUGCUACUGAUAAAUAUUUAAUUGAAGUAGCUAAAUGUGCUAUAAAUUCUCAAAAUCGACGUACAGAAUCAAAUGACUGCUUCCUAGACUCAAUAAGUAGAUCUACAGUAUUACAUGUUGCUGCAUCUAUUGGUGACAAAGAUCUUGUCGCAUAUCUGGUCGAGCAUGGUGCUGACAUUUAUAUUAAAAAUCAGGCUGGAGAAACGCCAUUUAUGCUUGAUAUGAUUCACUCUCCUAUAAAUCACUAUUUUCAAGAUUAUUUGUUGUGUGGUUAUUCAAAUAGAGAAAAUUUCUCUGAUUUACCACUAAUGCCGGUUGCUAAGGAAAAUCGCCCACAGCACGAUUGCAUUUGGGAAUACAGAGCUAUUGAUUUUAACGCCAACAAUGAUCCUCCCUGGCAUCCGUUUCCACCGCAGGAAUCAUCUGAAUUACUACGGCAUUUAUAUUGUACAUCACGAAUGAAUAUAAGUUUUUACUUGACGUCUCCACUAGGUCUCUAUUAUAUUGAUUUAGAAAAACUUUUAUGCAUUCGCGUGUCUGUUGUUGAUACUAACUAUCCAAAUACGGCAUGGAUAAGAUGUCGUGGGUCUAGUAUUUUGAACUGUAACUGCUAUUGUGUAUGGCAAAUAUUAUUACUAAAACAUGAUGAAAUAGACAGUCGUGAACAGAUGAUGCCGUCGUUAGAAUUUGAACAGCUGCCAAGAAUAUUUCAGAAGGAAAGAAAUUUACGUUUAAACUCUUGGUACUACUGUGAUGCCAAAACUAACUCAGUGUUAGAUACUUCAAUGAAUGAUAGACGUGAAUCGAUUUCUAUCAGUGUACCAUUUACUGGAAAGGAUUUAAUAUUUGAUCUAUUUGACUUUACAUUCUACAAUACAAGUUUCAGUAUUUGUGGCUACAUUCGAUGGUUACAAGAACCUUCAGUUAUUACAGAUGGGAUGUUGACAGAGAUAAGUUUAGAUAAAAUCUUGGAUGACACAACGGCUACUGAAGUUAGCUGUGCUGUAGAUGGUGAAGAAGACUAUAUUGAACCCAAUGACUUUUCUGGUGAAAAAACAAACGAAAGAAACAACGCAUCAACUAUGAGUAUGCAAGAUUUUGAUACACCCGAUAAUUUUCCUGUUUCACCAAUCGUUGAUCUUGACUGUAAUAACGAUACUAAUAGCUCGCUGUUUGGCUACGAACAGAGACAGCAAGAUUUACAAAAUAUUUCAAACACAAUUCAAAAUCUGUUGAGAGAAGCAACUACAUCUUUAUCAACAAGAGAUUGGAUUUAUUACAAAGCUUGUUUUCUGAAACUUUUUAAACAAAAACUUUAUGAAUAUCAAAAAAUAUUGGACAAUAUGAUUAUAACUGUGAUGUCGAAAUUAAGCACUAAAUUAUCGCUUGGAGGAAAAACAUUACAAAUGGCAUUUACACAGGAAAUCGAUAACUGUCUAAAAAGUAAACCAAUUGACAUAGAUAUCAACCGAUUGAAACGUAGUUCUUUGGAUUUAUAUAUAAAACGAUCUGCGGAAGUACAAACAUUUACACAGGAAACUAAACCGUCUAAAUUAUCAAAUGAGAUUUUAGAUCAUUUUAUUGCAAAACUUAAGUAUGACUUUGAAGUCAGCAUAAUUCAUAAUAGUAGCGCUUCUGGAAAAGAAUUCGAAACUGUACCAAAUGUUUUGAAACGAAUACAGUUAUUUUAUCGAACUUAUGCAUUGCAACUUCCAUUGUAUGAAUCAGGGAAAGAACUGUUAGCUCAAAUCGAAGACAAUACAGUUUGUGCCGUUUCUACAUCAAUUGGAUCAGUUCUGAUUCUAGGAAAGUCAACGUUAUUGCCAGUUCUAUUGAUUGCUAAUGAUUAUCCAAGAGUUAUUAUAGUGCAGCCACGACGUUUAGCUUGUGUAAUGCUCUGUGAUCGUGUUAAUAAAACAAUGGUAAUGGCAAAUGGAAAUGAACCCAAAUUAGCUGGAUGGAUUGUGAGUGGUGCACAACAGAAUAUUAAUGCACCCAUCUUAUAUAUAACAGAUGGUAUAAUGAAAGAACGUUUAUUGUAUGAUGAUAAUUUAUUUGAUUUUGAUAAAAACCAGAAGCCAACAGUAUUUAUUAUCGAAAUACAAGAACGUAACGUCAACAUUGAUAUCUGUAUAGCGUUAUUUACACGCUUACUCACUGAAAAACCACAAUUAAGACAAAAAAUUAAAUUAGUUCUAUCGUCAGCAACAUUGGCUCAAAAUAUUUCAGAUUUGUUUACUCGAGUUCCAGAACUCAAUUUUGGUCAAUUUACAAGAUUAACAACGCCUACUCCUUAUAAUAUAGCAAAAAUUCUACGUCCAAACGAAAAUUUAUUAGACGUUGUACAGGAACUGUAUAAGACGAAGAAGCACCGUGAAGAUCAAAUACUUUGUUUUGUUUCGAGUGUCUCUGAAGUUCAUCGAUCGUGUCAGCUAUUGGCAGAACUAAGUAACGGAUCGAUUGUUGCCUAUCCACUCACCCAGUCACAAUCUGUUGCUGAUCAACAAAAGUUCAUUGAACAGGGUAGUGUCUUCUUUUCAGCGACACUUGCCGAAACAUCUUUGACAUUUCCAUCUCUGGUGUAUGUAAUCGACGUUGGCAUGAUCAACGUACCAACAUAUGAUUUAGAGAAAAAACGAAUGAUCAUAAAAGAAACGCAUGCAGCUGAAUCGACGAUAGAGCAGAGGAAAGGAAGAUUAGGACGAACAAAACCAGGUGAAUAUUAUGCAUUAUACAAUCAUAAAGUGGAAGAUAAAAAGUGUCCAACACCACAGAUAUGUCAAACAGAUUUAACUGAAUUAGAAUUUUCUCUAAGAAAAUCGUCAGUGAAAAAUGGCUUAAAUUAUUUGAAAAGAUAUCUACCCGAUCCACCAACUGAACAAGCGAUUCAAUUAGCUAUUCAGGAACUUAAGAAAACAGAUAUAUUAACAGCCGACGAAAAAUUCACACCGGUUGGCACUGCAUUAUCAAAAUUACCGAGUUUCAGUUCACUAGCAUUGGCGAAAUCUGUUUUUACAGCACUAACAAAAUAUAAUUGUGGUGGAGAUUUAAUUAUUCUAUCGUCAAUUUUACAUGCACUCAAUACAGCAACAAUAUUAAAAAUUAUUCCGGUAGAAAUGAAGUCUUCUGAUGGAGAUUUUAUGACGCUAAUCAAUCUCAUGAAACAAUUAUUGUCAGUGAAACAAUUCAGUGUGGAAAAAUUUUGUCAGUCGAAACGUCUCUCUGAAAUGGUGCAUCUAUUAGAACGAGCAUUAAAACGAUAUAGUUAUUUAGAAAAAUCAUUUAAUUUAUCCGAUGAAUACCGUGAGAAAGCACAGUUAAAAUCUGGUGAAUGGUCAUUGAUUGCAAAAUCGUUAUUGGAAGGCUAUAGUGAAAACGUUUUUGUCUCACUAAAAGAACUACAAGGUAAAACACAUCAUUACUUGCGGUAUAACUCAAUUGAUAAAGAAAUUGGUGUAUUAGAUUUAAAAUCAACACUUAUAAGAUCAAUUAGUAUGCCACCAGUUUCUGUGAUAUUAGCACGUGAUAUAUAUUAUCCGUCUUCAGUGCGUGAGAGAGCCGUUCUUUCUUUCGUUGGUGAAUUAAAUACGGAAUGGAUAACACAGAUGAUCGAACGCAAAUUGACGUUAGUUCUAAGAGAAGAAGAAAAGUUACAAGAAGAGAAGAUAAUUCGAAAAGUCACACAAAUGUUUCCUACGGCUCACUGUCAUUUAACAACAGAUCAUCAACUCGUAAUAAGAGGUCCUAGUGGCCCAGUAAUAGAAGCAGAACUUUACAUUAGACAACAAUUAAUUGUAGAAUUUUCAUUUCAAUUACGAAAUGAUAGUGUACCAAAUUCAGUUGAAUACGAGAAUGUAAAUCGUAACAUUGUCCAUAUGAGUAAAUUAUCACACAUUUUUAAUCCAAUGAUAUGGCGUUGGGAGAUACAAGAACAAGUAAAAAUUAGUGUAGAAUUUAAAAAGUUGAAAAAGCAGCAAUCACCUCAAUCAUUAGAAAACGUCUGUGAAGUAACAGUUCAAGGAAGAGUUUCACAAAAUCAACGAGUACGCUCAGAAUUUAAGGUAUUUUUCGGUUGGCUCAAAACUUGUUCAGUUAUGCGUCAUCCUAACUCAGGUGUGCCUCCACGUACAAUGAAACCACAAAUUCGUAGCCUGUAUUCAGAUGUGGAAGAAAGAAUAGCUCGUAUAACUGAUAGUAAACGUACAUCAGUCGAUUUAUGGUCUCAAUUAAUUGGAAGUAAAGCGACACGUGAAACACGUAUGGAAGCAGUUGCAUGGAUUGCUGUGUGCAAAUUUCAUUGUCAUCUGGAAGGUGGUUUUAUACGUGAUUGGGUGGUUGGUUCUUAUACAGCUAAACCAAAAAGUGAACCGUCAAUAUGGUUAAAACGUGAAACGCCCAUUCCAUAUUUAGAUAAAGAAUUAAUACCAAGUGAUUUAGAUUGUCAUUUACCUACACAUUAUUAUUUUGAUAUUGAUAAUUUUUUAGAUUAUUUACAUAAAUAUCAUAUUGAAUGUGCAGUAGUUCGUCAAGAUUGGCGUUAUAUUAUUAUAAUUGAUGAACAUGCAUCAACUGGUCCAUUUACAAUGGAUUUAAUUGAACCACAUGUUGCCUUAACACAUGAUCGCAUUGAUUUCGAUGUAAAUAAUUUAUAUUUGGAAAAAGAUUACAAAAGUGAAUUGGGUAUGCGUGUUGAUAUAACACAAAAACCUUAUAAUAUAGACUUAGAAGCAACUAUUUAUAAUAUUAAGAAUAAAACAUUUCAAGUCCUACGUCAUAUCGAUUCAAUUGUCAGCACACGUGUAGAUAAAAUGAAAAGUCGUGGAUGGAAACAAAUAGGAACUGAAAUGAAUGUGAUACCAAAUCCAGCAAUAAGAUAUAAUGUUGUGCUUGUGCAGUUACCACCGAGUUCUGUACUUUAUGGGGAAUUAAAUGGUCAAAUGAUUUCAAAAAUACCUAAUUGUCAAAUACUCUCAAUAGAAGAAAUUAAAAAUCCACUGUUAGAAGAUGUCUAUUUAGCAAUGAAAAUGGUAAUUGCUAGAACAUGUAAAGGACAUAAUCCGAAUGAAUGUCAGUUAUUUCAUGGCACAUAUGGUGAAGCGAUCGAUGGAAUUCUGAAUGACGGUUUUGAUGAUCAUAAUUUCAGUCGACAGGGUUUGUAUGGUGAGCGAGAAGUUUUGGGGUUAAAAUUAAGUCAUGGAGCUUAUUUUGCUGACAAUCCAGCGAAAUCGCAUAAAUACACGGAACCUGAUCCAGUUAAUAAAACACGCGUAAUUAUCUACAGUAAGGUCAUUUUGGGUACACAAUAUAGAUUGGAUCAAGUGAACCACGAACUACGUACAGCACCAAUAGGAUAUGACUCAGUACUGGGUAAACAUGAUCUAGAUUUCACAGAAUAUAUUGUCUAUCGGUAUGGACAGGCAUUACCUUAUUUGAAGAUAAUCUAUAAAACAACUUAA